CUGCGUGCCAGUCAGUCACUGCAUCGGGUCCAUCUGUACAACUCUCUCCGCGCGCUCUCGCUGUCUCGCUCUCUCGCUCUCCGCUCUUACUCUCUCAUCUCUCUCACCCUAUCUCUCCAUCUCUCUCUCUCUCUCUUUCUCCCUCACUCUCUCUCCCUCUCCUCUCUUUAGGCACAGCCUACGAGACAGCAAAACCAACACCUCUGGACAUGGAAACGCACUGAUACGAUAGGCAAAAGAAACACUCGAUUGCAUCCCCCGGUUCCAGGUGGCCUUAUUUGGGCGAUUCGUUCCUGACCUUAUUCCUGUGAUGGAGGAUUCAGGCAUCCAGCGAGGCAUCUGGGAUGGAGAUGCCAAGGCUGUCCAGCAAUGUCUGACAGAUAUUUUUACCAGUGUUUACACCACCUGCGACAUCCCUGAGAAUGCUAUAUUUGGUCCCUGCAUCCUGAGCCAUACUUCCCUGUACGACAGCAUAGCUUUCAUAGCCCUCAAGUCCACGGACAAGAGAACAGUCCCCUAUAUCUUCCGGGUAGACACCUCAGCGGCAAAUGGAUCUUCAGAAGGUCUCAUGUGGCUGCGACUUGUCCAAUCAGCCAGAGAUAAAGAAGAGCAGAACCUUGAAGCCUAUAUAAAAAACGGACAGCUGUUUUACCGCUCUCUCCGCAGGAUUGCCAAAGACGAGGAGUUACUAGUUUGGUAUGGGAAAGAACUGACUGAGUUACUCUUGCUCUGCCCCUCUAGAUCCCACAGCAAAAUGAAUGGGUCGUCCCCUUACACAUGCCUGGAAUGCAGCCAACGUUUCCAGUUUGAGUUCCCCUAUGUGGCGCAUCUGCGCUUCCGCUGCCCCAAGAGACUUCACAGCGCUGAUGCCAGCCCCCAAGAAGAGCAAGGCGGCGGCGUGGGCACCAAGGAUCACGGAGGCGGGGGCGGUGGCAAGGAUCAGCAGCAGCAGCAACAAGAGGCGCCCUUGGGCCCCGGCCCCAAGUUCGGCAAAGCCGGCCCCAUCCACCACUACCCGGCCCCCUCCCCCGAGGGCAGUAAUCAGCCUGCGGCCGGCGGCGGCGGCGGCGGCGCCAAGCCCUCCACGGACUUUCACAACCUGGCCCGGGAGCUCGAAAACUCGGGGGGAGGCAACAGCUGCUCCCCGGUCCGGAGCCUCGGCAGCGGCGGCGGCCACCAGGAGGCGGAGCUGAGUCCCGACGGCAAUGCCAACGGCGGCGGCAAGGGGAAGAGGAAAUUCCCGGAGGAGGCGGCUGAGGGGGGCGGCGGCGUGGGGCUGGCGGGGGGCCGGGGUCGCUUCUCCGAGCGGCCCCUGCCCGCCUCCAAGGAGGACUUAGUGUGCACGCCGCAGCAGUACCGCGCCGCGGGCAGCUACUUCAGCCUGGAAGAGAACGGCCGCCUUUUCGCUCCGCCCAGCCCCGAGACGGGCGAGGCGAAGCGCAGCGCCUUCGUGGAGGUGAAAAAGGCGGCCCGAGCGGCGGGUCUGCAGGAGGAGCGGCCUGGGGGCCCUCUGCCUAGCCGGUUGGAGGGCGGCAGCCCGGCGCGGGGCAGCGCCUUCACCUCGGUGCCGCAGCUGGGGGGCUCGGGAGGCAACGGCGCGGGCGGCGGCGCUGCCGCGGGGGCUUCCGGCGGCGCGGGCGGCGGCCAGGGUGCCUCCUCGGACGAGCGGAAGAGCGCCUUCUCGCAGCCGGCGCGCUCCUUCUCUCAGCUGUCCCCGUUGGUGCUGGGCCAGAAGCUGAGCGCGCUCGAGCCGUGCCACCCCGGCGACGGGGUGGGCCCCACCAGACUCUACCCUGCCGCCACCGACCCUCUGGCCGUGAAGCUCCAGGGGGCCGCGGACCUGAACGGAGGUUGCGGGGCCCUGCCGACCGGCGGCGGCGGCGGCGGCCUGCCCAAACAGAACCCCUUCCUCUACGCCACCGCUUUCUGGCCCAAGAGCUCCGCGGCAGCGGCGGCGGCGGCGGCGGCGGCCGCGGGGCCCCUGCAGUUGCAGCUGCCCUCUGCGCUCACGCUGCUGCCGCCCUCCUUCACCUCGCUGUGUCUGCCCGCGCAAAACUGGUGCGCCAAGUGCAAUGCCUCCUUCCGCAUGACCUCCGACCUGGUGUACCACAUGCGGUCGCAUCACAAAAAGGAGUACGCGAUGGAGCCCUUGGUGAAGCGGCGGCGGGAGGAGAAACUCAAGUGCCCCAUUUGCAAUGAGUCCUUCAGGGAGCGCCACCACCUCUCCAGGCACAUGACCUCGCAUAAUUGACACGGAAAAGACCCUAGCUUUCCGCGCGCGCACACUCACAGUCAAGCCACCUACAGGAAAAACACGCGAGGACAUCCACCACCUCCUUGUGACCUGAAACGUUGCACCCAGAGACAGAAACACACACACUGAAACAUACACGUGCCACCCCCAACCUUUUCAUUUACAUGUUUACCUGCGACCUACAUUACACACACACACACACACACACACACACACACACACACACACAUACAAACACACACAAAAGCAAGACAGGAUGGUGGAUUUUUGAUUGGGUGGGUUGUUCGAGGGGUUUUCUUUUGAAUGCACGCAUUUUCACUUUCCAAAAACAAAGGUACAUUUUUAAAAAUGUCAUAUAUUGCAACAUAUUGAUGCAUUUGUCAUACGUUUCUACUUAAAUUAUUAAGCACUUACGGUUUAGAUGUAAUAAUUAUAUGUAAGGGCAAAAUUUAUUUUAGAUAUAAAGUAAAGGAGGAGGGUGAGAUGCUUUCUGCAUUUCUUGAUGACAGUUUGUGUUCUUACAAAAAUAAAUAAAAAGAAAAAGGGGUCACGAUUCAAUUUAAGUUUCCAGGGGGAAGUGCAUGUAUCACGAAAUGAUUAUGGACUUCAAUGAAGAAUGUCAUCAUUAUGUAAAUAUGUAUUUCCUUUUAAUACAAAGUGUAAUUUUGUGCCAGUGAAAUGGAGUCUGAAUAGUUAUGUGUUUCUUUUAUCCCUGGAAAGAUUAAACUUUAUAGAUUAUCCAGGUAUGUUGGAUGCUUUGACAAUAAAUGACUAUUUUCUUCGAA